CUCAUGAACGGCCAACUGCCGGUCGGUCACGCGCUGUGGGGCGCGCGGGCGCGGCGGAGUUUAACUCCCGGAAGUGACGAUGGUGUUUCGCUGCGCAGCGGGGGGGAGAGACGGAUCGAAGGGGAAGUGUACGGGUUAAUAGUACAGUGCAUGGUGAUCAGUGUGUGAUAACAGUAUUGUUGAAGGUGAUCCAUGUGGGUUAACACUAGUGUAUGAUGAUCUGUGCGAAUUAUCAUCACAGUGCCGGAUAAUCCCCGGACUAAUAGUAUAGUGGAGGACGAUCUGUGCAGGUUAAUGGUAUAGAAUUUGACGAUCUGUGCAGAUUAAGAUUAUGGUGCAUGGUGAUUUAUGCGGGUUAAUCGUGUAAUGGAGCGUGAUUGCGUACUUGUGAGAUAUAUGUGUGAUUUUAUUUGCUAUGAUCUGGAUAUUAAGUUGUCAUUUUACAUGGGUCUCAUUGAAAUGCUGGGGAUGUGAUUGUAAAUUUGACUGGCUCAGUAAAAAUUCAACGUUGGGUUUUCUGGAGUAAUGCUGCAGAAUGAGGUGGACUUUACCCACGUCCCAUGGCAUACCAAGGAGCAGAAUAACAGUGAUGUGACUACCUACGCCUUAAAAUGGAUUUGGACCAGGCUGAGGAGAGCGAGGAUGUUAAUCAAUGGGCUUGUAUCCGAAAGCGAGUUAGGGAAGUUAGGAGGACUGUUGAGACUCCACCAAGCAAGAGAAAGAACAAUAACCGCACGAGUGUUUAUGAAAUAACGUUGAAGGGAGAGAAGGAGGAGAUACAAUCUGCAGCAUCAGUACCUAUGGAUCAUCUGGACCAGGUUGAAUGUGACAGUCAAGAGGAUCUCUUUGGGGACUAUGACAGCUUUGGAGAUGACAGCUGGUUAAGGGCACAAUUUGAAGAUGUUGAAAAAAAACAUUCUGUUUGCACUUCAAGCCCAAAGAGAAAUGAAAGGGAAGAAGAAGCUGUGGAUUGUUUAACAAUUCAGAAUUCUGACACACUUGGUUUACAGAAUGAGACUAAAAUGCACAAACUUCUCACAGAAGAUGCUGAAUCACUUAAAGAUUCCAGUACAAUUCCUGUACGAAGUAAUAUUGCAAAUGAACAAUUUUGUUCUAAAACUUUGCCGGAGAUUCCUGCUGAAGCAGAUGAAUUACCAAACUCACAACUUGCACUAAUGGAGGGAUUUAAUUCUCCACUGGUAAAACAUGAAAGCAAAGAGUUAGAACCAGAAGACAUCUUGUCAUUCAACUGCUUUGUCAAUAAUCUUUCUGGCAGUCCUUUGAAUACAAGAAUGCAAUAUCUUAAUGUUCAAAACCAAUCAAAGACUACAAGUUCUGGAACACACAAGAGGCUCAGCCUUAAAGAUCAGAUUAAAAAUGCAAUGACUGAAAAUGCUAAUUCACCGAUACCACACUCGUCAAGAAGCAAACAGUUGAAGGAGCUUGUCCUAUCUGAGGAAAUUAAUGUUGCAAUGAAAACUAUUCAAGCCACAUCAGACAUUGAUAUGGGGCCUUUUUACGGACUUCCAAGCAAAGUUAAGGAUUUGAUUUUCCUGUUGAAAGGCAUCAAAGAGCUUUACGAGUGGCAACAUGUUUGUCUGACGUUAAGAUGUGUGCAAGAAAGAAAAAAUCUUAUUUAUUCACUGCCUACAAGUGGCGGGAAGACAUUGGUCGCUGAGAUUUUGAUCAUGCAAGAGAUACUGUGUAGGAAAAGAGAUGCACUGUUUAUAUUGCCAUAUGUGGCUAUUGUCCAGGAGAAGGUACGAGAUCUGUCGGCUUUUGGAAUAGAAUGCAAUUUCUUAGUGGAAGAGUAUGCUGGAAGCAAAGGCAGGUUCCCACCAUUCAAGCAUCGCAAGAAGAAUUCUCUCUAUAUUGCCACCAUUGAGAAGGCCCACAGUUUAGUGAAUUCCCUCAUAGAAACAGAAAGGAUUAAUAGUUUGGGGCUUGUUGUGGUUGAUGAGCUGCACAUGCUUGGUGAAGGGAGUCGUGGAGCAGUCCUGGAAAUGGCAUUGUCUAAAAUCCUCUACACAAGCAAAACCACACAAAUCAUUGGAAUGAGUGCAACUUUGAAUAAUGUUAGCGAUUUGCAGCACUUUCUGAAAGCAGAACAUUAUACCAGCAACUUUCGACCUAUCCAGUUAAAAGAAUAUGUUAAAAUUCGAGAUAGUAUUUAUGAAGUGGACAACAAAUCAGAAGACGGUUUUACAUUUGCUCGCCUGUUGAACUACAAGUAUUCAAAUGAUAUGAAGAAGAUUGAUCCAGAUCAUCUAAUUGCACUUGUGACUGAAAUUAUCCCACAACACUCCUGUCUUUUGUUCUGUCCGACUAAAAAGAAUUGUGAAAAUGUGAGCAAGAUGCUCUGCAAGUAUUUAAGCAAGUCAUUCCUUUCUGUAAAGGCGAAAGAAAAAUGUGCUCUUAUUGCGGAAUUGAAAGACAUCGGAAAUGGUGUGAUAUGCCCUGUUUUACGUGGAACCGUGCCUUAUGGAUUAGCAUACCAUCAUAGCGGGCUGACAAAUGAUGAAAGAAAGGUUAUAGAGCAGGCCUACUCUGAAGGAACACUCUGCUUGCUAACUUGUACAUCAACACUUGCCGCUGGUGUUAACUUACCAGCUCGGAGGGUUAUCCUGAGAUCUCCUUAUGUGGCUAGGGAUUUCCUGAAGAGAAAUCAGUACAAACAGAUGGUUGGUAGAGCUGGACGAGCUGGUAUUGACACAGAAGGAGAGAGCAUUCUCAUAACGCAGGAGCAGGAUAAGAAGCUGGUUGCAGACUUAAUAAGUAAACCAAUGGAGUGUUGUUAUAGCAAUCUUAUACAUAGCAGUGAAAAGGGAAUUAAAGAUCUGCUGUUAUCCCUAAUUGGGCUAAAGGUUGCCCAGACACUUGAUAAAAUUGUUGAGUUCAUGGAUGGCACUUUACUUGGUGUGCAGCAGCAACACCACUUCAACGAAAAAAGCUUCUUGGAGGUCAUGGAACAAGCUCUUCAGCCAUUGAUGGAAAAAGGUUUAAUAAAGGGCAGAAUGUCGAGGAGUAGCGAAGGUGAAGAGAUGUGUUGUCAAUUAGAAGUCACAAAGCUGGGUCAUGCUACCUACAAAGCAUCAGUGGACUUGGAUUACUGUGAUACUUUGAACAUGGAUUUGAAGAAAAGUUUGGAGGGAUUGGUGCUUGAUAACUACCUUCAUUUAAUCUACUUGGUAACGCCAUAUGAUAUGGUUUCCCAUUGUACUCCAGACUGGAUGAUUUACUUUAGACAGUUUCAUCAGUUGGAUGUAAUUGAACAAAAUGUCUUUGCCGCGGUGGGUGUACCAGAGAGCUUCCUUACAAAGAAGGCAUCUGGUCAAGCCGUUAAGAAGACUGUAAAUGGGCUUGUCGUAAAACGGUUCUACAUGUCCUUGGUCCUUUAUUCCCUCUUCAAAGAGAUGAACAUGUGGUCUGUGGCGCAGAAGUUUAACUUGCCCCGCGGCUUUACACAGAAUUUGUUGAGUUCAACAGCAGCUUUCUCCUCCAGUGUCCUGCAUUUCUGCGAGGAAUUAGAGGAAUUCUGGGCAUAUCGUGCACUCUUUACAGACCUCACUCAGAAACUGUCUUAUUGUGUGAAACCAGAACUUAUUCCUCUUAUGGAAGUAUCUGGAGUCCGAGAGGCUCGUGCUCGACAGUUAUACAAUGCUGGCUACAGAUCUUUAUCUUAUCUGGCUAAUGCAAUCCCUGACAUGUUGGUCAAAACAAUUGAGCACCUGUCCAGACGUCAGGCUAUUCAAAUUGUUUCCUCUGCUAAGAUGCUGCUAAAUGAAAAAGCCGAAGCCCUACUCGAAGAAGUUGAAGAGCUAGUGAGACUGCCCACUGACAUACCGUAAGAUAAAUAUCUUGUGGGCCUUGCCAUCACAUUACCAGUGUUCAACAGCUUGGCAGCAAAAAUAUGGUCUCUACUGUACAUGAUUAUAACUGCAACAUGUUAUAGAACUCAGUUGGGUUUAGGUUAUGGUAUUGCAGUGUGAGACAUGGUAGAAUUGUUGCCUGAGU